AUGCUUCCCAGUCCUGUCCACCUCACUUAUACCACUUCUACUCCUAUUCCGCUUCUUACUACUACUACUACUACUACUACUACUACUACUACUACUACUACUACUACUACUACUACUACUACUACUACUACUACUACUACUACUACUACUACUACUACUACUACUACUACUACUACUACUACUACUACUACUACUACUACUACUACUACUACUACUACUACUACUACUACUACUACUACUACUACUACUACUACUACUACUACUACUACUACUACUACUACUACUACUACUACUACUACUACUACUACUACUACUACUACUACUACUACUACUACUACUACUACUACUACUACUACUACUACUACUACUACCACUACUACUACUACUACUACUACUACUACUACUACUACUACUACUACUACUACUACUACUACUACUACUACUACUACUACUACUACUACUACUACUACUACUACUACUACUACUACUACUACUACUACUACUACUACUACUACUACUACUACUACUACUACUACUACUACUACUACUACUACUACUACUACUACUACUACUACUACUACUACUACUACUACUACUACUACUACUACUACUACUACUACUACUAGUGUUUCAUCUUCUUAUAUUAUUGAUCUUAUAGAAAUUACCACUAUGUGA